CCACCCUCCAUAAGUUUCAGCUUUCUUUUCCACCAAGACCAACAAAACCAGCUCAACCAACAGAGACUUGAGCUUUCACAGAGAAAUCAAACUGUGAGAGACAGCUGAGAGCUUAGCUGGAUCUAUAAUCAAACAUGGGCAACAGUCUAAGGUGUUGUUUGGCUUGUGUUCUACCUUGUGGAGCUCUAGACUUGAUCCGAAUAGUCCAUUUAAACGGCUACGUAGAAGAAAUCACACAUCCGGUCACUGCCGGCGAGAUCCUUGCAGCCAAUCCAAAUCACUUCCUGAGCAAACCCUGUUCACAAGGCGUCGUUCGCCGCAUUUUGAUUCUCUCGCCGGAGUCGGAGCUCAAGCGAGGCAGCAUAUACUUCUUGAUUCCGGAGUCUUCGAUACCGGACAGUAAGAAGAAGAACAAAGGUAGUAGCGGCGUUAAGAAGUCGUCAAAGAAGAGACUAAGUAGUGGUGAUGCCAAUGUCUCGGAGUGUGAUCGAUACUUGACGGAGAUCGUCUCGGAAAAGAAAAAAUCUUCAUCACUUAGGGAUCGCCGGACUGGACGAUCAGUCAGAGCAUUUCAGCCUCAUCUUGAGAGCAUUUCCGAAGACUAACAGUUUUCCCGGUGCCGGAGUUUGAUAUUUCCGGCAAAUUGCUUCACUUUUUUUUUUGGUUUCUUUUGUGGAUAUUUUUUUUUUUGGUUUUUUUUUUUGGGGUCUGCGUUUAAUAGUGGCAGAUUCAGAAUUCCAGUAUUCAUGAUCUGUUUGAUAUAUUCUUGAGAAAAGAUCAUUACAUGAUCAGAGAGACAGAAAAAGAAGAUUUGUACUGCACAAAUUGUAUUUACAGCUUGAAGUUGCAAGUAAAUAUGUAUUCUUCUUUUCUUUC